AUGGCGUUCCCCUACGAACCUCAAGGAUGGCAGGCGCCGGUUCGGCAGCCCUCUUGGGAGCAGCCGCCUCCGCCGUCAAGAUCAGGUGCCAGUUCCACCUCUCAGCGCGAAGACGGCAGUGCUUUCGCGAUGCAAUUCGAAGAGGUGGAUCGAGCAAUGGAUAAUCUUGUCAAGAGUGGCAAAUUCUAUGGCGGUGGCGGUGGUGGACAACGAUCAAUGCCAGCUGGCCCAUUGCGCCCAGGAGUGGAGUAUGCCCCCCGAAUGCACGGAGGCCGCCAUCCCAUUGGUGACUUCGACCCUUCACGAUCGCACCCCGGUUCGAACCUUCAGAACUUUUACGCCGCGCAAAGGCAUCAAGGCCGUCAUGGGGACGCCGAUCAGAUGAUGCAAGCAAAAAGGAGGAUGGCAGCGCAGCGAGAACGCGAGCUCCGCAAUUAUCAUCAAGAACAGCAGUAUAAUCGGAGUCUGCUGGCAGAAAUGUCGUCUAACAAAUCGGAUCGUUCAAUGAGCCCUAGUGCCUUGAGUGAGGAAGGCCGCCGGGAGCUGAUUGCUCGUCAACAUCGUGCGUUAUACGGCGGUGACCCCGCAGCUUUCGUCGGACAAGUACCCUUUUCCACUGAGGAUGGCAACAGUCGAGAUCAAGCUGGAGCUGUUUCUGGCAUUGCUCCAGGGGCCCCUCGUGGUCCUUCACCCCGCACGUCUGAUCCCUUUGGCGUGCCAGGGCAAACCACGCAAGGUGAAUCCGGCGCUCAGGGAGCAUCUUCGGGUCAGGAAGCCUCUCGUGCGGAAAAAGCAACGUCUCCAUCUGCGCAAACGUCGUCAGGAUUCGGUACGUUCGAUACUUCCAUUCAAGCUUCCGGAAAGGCACCUACGCCACCGUCUGGAGAAGAGUCAUCGCACUCACGGCAGAUUUCCAAGUCAACCACUGCACCCGUCAGUGGCGGCAUGGGGCCAAUUGGCAGCCGUCCCAACAUGCAACAGGCGCCAAACCAGUCAAUUAACAAGCGCACGACGUCCCCCCUGCCUUCUUCUUUGGGAUACGGGUUCGGAUCGAAUGAACAGAAUGCUGAUCGAGCAGGGUCGGCGAACUCGAAUUCAAAUGCGCAGAAAGAGUCUUCGAAUUCCGGAAUGGGUGCUUGGGGCACAGGCAGCGGUGUUUGGGGUUCUAACAAAAUCGGCACGACCUCAGUAUGGGGUUGA